AUGUCGACCCAAGCUAUCCCUGAGCAAUUCACUGGCUAUGCCGCCGUCAACGAGGAGGAAGGCAAGGUUUUGAACUUGACCAAGAUCCAAUGCAAGUCACCAUGCUUCUGCAUCCUCUGGAGGGCCAAUAGCUGAUCAUUGUUAAACUGCGACUUUUCCUUCUUUCGCUCCCCAACAGACACUCCCAAGAAGUGGACCGAGGCCGAUGUGAGUACUUCGGGCUAGCUCCUCUCUAGGAAAAUUGUCUCGUUCCGGCAACUGACUGGACGACGGUUUCACAAUCGCUCCGCGAUCGCCCACAGGUUGACAUCAAGAUCUCGCACUGUGGCAUCUGCGGCUCAUGCAUCCACACCCUCACCAACGGCUGGCCGAGCCCGACCUCGUACCCCUGCGUCGCUGGUCACGAAGUUGUCGGAACCGUCGUACGUGCCGGCAAGGAGUCUGGCCACAACAUCGGCGAACGCGUUGGUGUCGGAGCCCAAGGCGGAAGCUGCGGCGAAUGCGACAUGUGCCAGAUUAACAAGGAGAACUACUGCGCCAAGGGCAUGCGCGGCACCUACCAGGGACGCUACCCCGAAGACCCCGAGAACUACGCUCAAGGAGGUUGUGAGUGGUGUUUGCAAGGGCAGUCGUGCUACUAACCUGACACGAAACUAACCCUUUAUUUCGUCCUAUUACAGACGCCGACUACAUCCGCUGCCAAGGUCGCUUCGCUAUCGCCAUCCCCGAACAGAUCAAGUCAGCCGAGGCUGCUCCGUGAGUCGUCUGAAUUUAAAAAAGAUCUUGCCGAGCACGAAUAACUUACGCGCUGACCUUUCGCCUCUCUAGUCUCAUGUGUGCCGGUGCUACCGUUUACUCGCCCUUGAAGCGAUUCGGUGCUGGCCCCGGCAAGCGUGUUGCCGUCGUCGGUAUCGGAGGACUCGGUGAGUCACCUCGGCCGUCCCCCGUCCCGUUUGUUCACGGUUACUAACCCAUCCUGUUUUCGACUCUCAGGUCAUCUCGCCUUGCAAUUCUCCAACGCUCUCGGUGCCGAGACCUUCGCUCUCUCGCACAGCGACUCGAAGCUCACCGAUGCGGAGAAGCUCGGUGUCAAGCCCGAGAACUUCAUCAUCACCAAGGACGAGAAGGCGACGGCCAAGAAGUGGGCGCGCUCGUUCGACCUGAUCGUGUGCACGGCCUUCCAAGACGACAUGCCGAUCGAGUCACUCUUCCUGAAUUUGCUCCGACCUGAGGGAACGAUGGCUUUGUGCGGUCUCCCCGAGUCCAAGUUGCCCGCCAUGUAUGGCCAGGCUUUCGUCGGCAAGGGUGUCGCUCUCGCCGGUACUCUCAUCGCCGGUUCGACCCAGAUCAAGGAGAUGCUCGACGUCGCGGCCGAGAAGAACGUCCGCCCUUGGAUCCAAGUGCGACCCAUGUCGGAUGCUUCGCAAGCCGUCAAGGACAUGGACAAGGGCAAGGCUCGUUACCGCUACGUUCUUGAGAACUGA